UGCUUUUAUUUCAUUGUUGUACGAUGGGAAGUGUUGAUAGGAAGUCUGUACCUCUUGAUAAUACACUUUCUGGAAGCCCAAGACGUCUGAGUCAAAUGAAACAACAUGCAAGAGAAUGGAUCGCGAAUAAGCAGUCACGAUGUAGACGUACAUCUGAAGAUAUCACUUUUGAUACUGUGGGAUGUGGGGGAACUAUGCUUGACAAUCUUAAAACAAUACCAAAAGAAAAUUGUACUGCUACUGGCUUGAGUAUUACAAGAUUGAACCCUACAACGAUACAUUCAACAGCAACACAGUCAUGCCCAUCAAAAACCACCAGAAGCAGAAGAUUGGCUGAAGAUGAGAGAACUGAAACUGCGGAACAAAGUUUGACAUUAACUGGAAGAACGUUUAAUGAGAAUCAUCAACUAACGGAUUGUAUGGAAAAUCCGGCAAGUAAUAUUGAAGGACUUGUUUCAUACCCCAGUUCACAGGUGAUGAUUUGGAGCUGUCAUACUGGGCCAGUAAUACUUGCAUUCACCAAUAAUUACAAAAAGCCAGUGGUGUGGGCGCUAAAAACGAAUGCUAUAAGACGUCUUGCUGCAUUUCCAACUACUGGAAUAAUUCCGCCCUCAGAAACAGUUCAAAUAAAAAUUGAUUUGGUGGGGCAAAUACCUAAAAAAAAUUUGAAAGAUCGGCUCUCGCUGGAAUAUUUUUUUGCUGAUCGAAAAUUUCUAAAUGAUGGUAAUUAUUAUAAUUUCUUUCAUCGCAGUGAAUCGACUCGAAUGAGAAAAUGUUUAGAAGUCGUUUACGUUCAGCAGUGA